AUGCGCGGUGUGCUCUUUUUUGUCUUCCUUGUUUUUGGAAUCGCUCAUGGCUUUGAAAAUGAAGUUCAUAAAUAUGGAUGUCGAUGUCUUCAAAAAGAUCUUACUGUUAAUCCAUUGGUUCGAUUAAGAGUCUUGGAGCAGGAAAAUGAGAGCACUGGAUCAAGUAUUUAUACAAAAGUAAGUUUUUGUUAUAACUUUUCUGUUAAUUUUAAACUUAUGUUUAAAUUUUCAGAUCAAUAUUCUUCGAAAAUGGCUCGCCAACUUAACUCUCCACAAAAAUGGUCCCAUUCCAACCACAACCACAACCACAACUACAACCACUCCUUCAAAUCUUCUAGCCGAACCUUUUGACGAGGCUUUGAAUAACUCGAGUUUUCUCUGGUUUGCCGGAAAAAUGCUCGAAAAAUAUUUCAGACGUUUCAGUGAGUUCUCUUUUUCUCAAUUUUCUUCUUCAGAUAAAAUCACAAAUUUUUUUCAGCCAAAGAGAUGCACAUUUUCGACAAAUUCGAAUGUGUUUGCGAUGGUGAUUUGAUUGCGUUGACAAGAUCAAAAACUUUCAUCAACAUCAAAAUUACACAUGAUUGA